CUUAGAACCAACGUCGAAAAGUAUAGAAGGGAAUAAAGGACACCUUUUCAGACAUAAUUACAGUCGAAAUGAAACUAAGACGCGGUUCAUUAUUAUCUUUCUUGUGUCUGCUUGUUAACGUGCAAGAUGCAUUCAGUAAGAAACAGUCAAUAAUGGAGGCGAAUGACCCAUGGAAGUUUGAAGAGGAUACGAAACAUGUAAUUCCUGAUACUUCCGGGGCAACUUUUGGAAGUAUUAAAGAUGUGAAUGAACUUCUAUCACCAUUACUGAAAGAUUUAACUGAAAAAUCUGAUUAUAUGCGCUUCUAUCGAUUAAAUUUAUUCAACAAGGAAUGCAAAUAUAAAAUGGAUGAUAAUGUUUUUUGUGGAAGUAAUGCCUGUAAUGUGUUGGUUACAGACGAGAAUAAUGUUCCAGAGAUCUGGAGCUCGAAAGCACUUGGAAAGCUUGAAGGAUUUAUGCCGGAGCUUUCGCGACAAAUCGUUGAGUCGGACCAAUCUGUGAUGGAAAACGUUGAAAAAAUCUCGCAAUCAUGUCUCUUGGAACGACUCGAUGAUCAGGACCGUCAAUACUGUUAUGUAGAUAAUGAAUUGGAUAGUGGAUGCGUGUAUGUUUCUCUGUUGGACAAUCCAGAGAGGUUUACUGGAUAUGGAGCUCCGCACGCUACUAGGAUUUGGGAAAUGAUUUACAAUGAAUGUUUACCAGACACCUUUGAACCUACGGUUGAUUUCCCUACUCUCUUUACUCAAGGUUCUUUGGCUCCCUCUUCAAUUUCUCAAGAACAGGUGUUGAAGGAACGCAUGGAGUUGUGGACUCACGAGCAACGUGUGUUCUAUCGGGUACUUUCGGGCAUGCACACCAGUAUUUCUACUCACUUGUGUUAUAAUUACCUUAAUCAAUCAACCGGAGUUUGGGGACCAAACAUAAAUUGUUUCAAAGAAAAGGUUCUUUCGCAUCCAGAAAGAAUUGAGAAUUUGUAUUUUGCUUACUCUUUGCUUCUUAGAGCUAUGGAUAAGUUAAAUGGACACUUGGAUGCACUCACAUUUUGUCAUGAUAGUGCAUUGCAAGAUACUGAAGUCCGUCAUAAAGUUCGUGAUUUGGUCGACACCGUGAAUCAAUACCCUCGGUACUUUGAUGAGUCAGUUUUGUUUAGUGGUGAGCCUGAGCUUUCCUCUGCAAUGAAAAAGGAAUUCAGAGAACAUUUCCGUACUGUGUCGGCUUUAAUGGACUGUGUUGGUUGUGAACGUUGUCGUUUGUGGGGCAAAAUCCAAACAAAUGGAUUUGGUACAGCUUUGAAGAUUCUAUUCGAAGUGUCAGAUGUGGAGAAUGAAAUCGAUCAAUUUGAGAGCACUUCUUUUCCUCUACAAUUACGUCGUUCUGAGAUUGUUGCUUUGGUAAACACCUUCGAUCGACUUUCCCGCUCGAUUGACUAUAUUCAGAAAUUCCAUGAGUUGCAUAUUGAGCAGCACCAACCCGAGCCCCUGUUUCGGAAAUUUUUGAAUAAUAUGAAACGAUUUGUGUAUCAGUAUGUACCUGAGGUUUUCCAUCCAUUUUUGAAAAAGACCUACAAUGUUGCACGAAUUGUUUAUCACGAUGUUUGGAUGGAGUUGGAAGUUGUAUUGGAAGGAUUCCGUUAUGUCUUGUCUAGUUAUCUGCAGAUGCCGAAGAUGAUUAACUUUUACUUCUUUUCUAGUCAAAGUCCUUUGUUGAAUUAUAUAAGCGAGUCUAUUAGACAACGUAUUCCUAGUGGGUGGCUGUCCUAGGAAAGGUCUGUCGAUUUUGUGUAUCGUUUGGGGAAGUAACGAAGAAUUAUGAAAAGUUAAUAUCUGGACCCCUUUUAAAAAAGGAUAGCCGAUGUGCGCUCACACAUCUAUGGUUGUACACGAUAGGAAAAAGGUGAUUUCUUGAUGGAAGAUACUAGAUGUGCAAGAAUGAUGAUGAAAAGUGGUCAGUAAAUGAAACUCCUCAUAGAUUAUUUUAGCAUUAGAUGGUAAUGAAAAAUAUGCAUUUUUUUGAUUUAAGUAUA